GAAGAAACCUGCAGACGUCCACCUGUGAAGGUCACGAGUGUCCAAACUGGGAGCUGUGGUUUGAGGCUGGGUGGUCUUUGACAAGCAGCUGACACAAAGUGAAGCAGCAGUCCACGUCUUCUGGAUGUUUCUAUGAUUAUUCUGAUGGGCCGCAGACGGAACAGGAGCCAUAUGGACGCUCAGGUGACCCUCUUCUGGAUCUUCUGAAAUCCUCUGAGAAUCUGCUGCAAAGUAUCACAAAGGAUUACCAUUAAAGACUCAAGAAUGACAGAGUACAAAAAUGACAGAGGAAAAGCUUGACGGAUUCCCUAAAGUACAAUCAUACACCAACUUCUCUCUCACCUGAACAUCAUUGAAACCCUCAAAAUGUCAUCCAGCAGUGGAGUUCCCCUCAACAUCAGCACAUCGGUACUCAACAAACUCUUUGAUGCCUUCCCACCUUCUCCCUCUACCUUCCCUCCAUCUCCAUCCUGCAGCAUAGACGAGUCUUACAAGUACAUCUUCCUCCCCAUUUGCUACUCUUUCACCUUUAUCUUCAGCAUUUCCCUGAACUCCGUCAUCCUCUACCGCUCCUUCCGCAGGACAAAGCGAUGGAACGCCUCCCUGAUCUACAUGGUCAACCUGGCCUCUACGGACUUUAUGUACGGAUUGUCGCUUCCCUUCCUGGUGGCCAGGUUUGCUCAGACUGGUCAUGUAACGAGAUUGGCUGGUCUUAAUGGUAAUGGUAGCACUACAGUCAACCUUAGCCAUGAGGUAUUAUCAAUGAAUGGUAGUACUAGCAAUGGGAACCUCGGGGUGGUCAUUGAGGAGUACCAGAACUGUUGGGACGAUGCCAUAGACAAGGAGUUUCCUGAUUACGUGCCAUAUGGAAUCAUUCUCCAUUUGCUGGGCUUUUUUGUACCGUUUUCCAUCAUUGCUUGGUGUUACUCUCAUGUUGUUCUGACCAUAUUUAGGAGUCUACACAUUCAGCCCUCAUCCAGCAGAGGUUCGAGGGCAGGGGGACACGAAGGGAUACAUAGACAUUUUCGAAGAAGCCCUAAGAUCGAUGGAGGAGAAAGAAGAGGAAGCAAUGGCAUGUCGAGGACACGGAUAAGAGAUGAAGGAGUUUCCAUUUUUCUUGGCGCCAACUCCCCCUAUGCCAAUCGCAGACGCAAAUCGAUUAAGACCAUUAUUACAAUCACCCUUCUCUUUGCUCUGUGCUUCUUCCCCUUCCACGUAACCAGAACCAUCUUCCUCCUGCUGAAAGUGACCAAUAGAGUCCCAUGCCACACCAUGACCAUGGUCUCCAUGUGCUAUAAGAUCACCCGGCCUUUGGCAUCCUUUAACGCAUGGCUCAACGCCCUCCUAUACUUCCUGACCAAAGACAAGGGCGGAGCUCACUGCUGCCAGAUGGUAAACACCACCAACCACCAACAUGGCGGGCUUCUGCUGCCCCUGAGGAUGAUGGGAAAAGGAAAGGAUGCAGAUGAAGGAGGGAUGGAAGAUGGAAUAAACAACGAGGAGAAUAAAGCUUUCCACAACAGUCCGCCAUACAUGAACAGAGCAAAAGUUCGGUUUAUAGUUGAAUGACUAUUUUCAUGAGGAAGGACAAAAACAUUUUAGAUGCACUGUAUGUUUUCUUUUACUGGAAAUCAAAAUAAUAUAUAACAUAUGAAGAACUUUAGCAAAAGCAAUGAUUAAAGAAAACCA